CCGUGGCCACGCGUGUGCGUGUGCAUGGCCCGGCCCCGUCUCGGGGCGGUGUUGGCGGUGCCGUGGCGGGACGGCCGCGUCGAGGAGCGCUGGACACCAUGGUCUCGGGGGGCCCUGGCUGGUGCCUACUGGUGGGGCUCUGCACCCUCGUCCCUGCCACCACACAGCGAGGACCAGAAGAGGAUGUGACCCCCAGUGUUGGGCUGGAGGAGUUGGGGUACCACACCUCCCAGGAUGGGGACCCCCUCCAGGACCCCCAGCGCUGUGGCAUCACCUUCCACACCCCCAACCCCUGCAGCCCCCACGGGCCCACAGCCUUCGCCUCUCGCAAUGAGCUGGAUCACCUCAAGAGCCUCUUGCAGGACACCAAGGCCAGCCUGAAGGACGUGGAGAUGGCGGCCAUGCUGGAGGAGAACCAGACCCGUUACCAGGACAUCAUCACCGAGGCGCUGCCCGCCAUCCAUGAGGCCAACCUGGAAUUUCGGGAGAGCCUGGAUAAUGUCCGCAGGGAGCUGGAGGCUCACGUGGCAGAGGCUGAUCACCCACGGACAGCUGAGAAGAAGGAGAAGCUGCGGAAGGGUGUCCAUGUGGUGGCACACAUGCUGCGCCUCACAGGGCGCCUGGCCCAGACCCUCGAUGCUGCCUCACAGCGCCUUGAUGCUGAGCUCAGCCAGCGCCUGCAGAGCUCGGCUGCCAUCGCCAUUGAGCCCUAGGGCAGCGGGGAUGGGCUCCGCCAUCACCCUGCUUAUGGCCUUGCUUGCUGGUAGGACCCCGACCCGGCUCAUCUCCAUGGCUUCUGGGGGGUCCUGGCUCCUCUCCGCAGCACCAGUGGCUGAGACGCUGCCCAGAAUGUUUGCAGAGUGGUCUGGGGGCUGGAGCCAGCAGUGCUGGGAUGGG